AUUUCAGAUAAAAAAAAAUUAUUUUAAAAAAAUUAUAAUUUAUAAAUUUAAUUCUUCUCCGUCGUCUUUCUUAAAUUAAAAAAAUACUAAUUCUUAACCGUCCAAUUUAUUAAAAAACUAUUUAUAUGAGUGCAGAAUAAUUCUAACCCACGUCAAAAACACACAACCAUGGCUAAAGUUUUCUUCAGUUUUGCUGUUUUUGUGUUCCUCUUCAUCCUCAUCAAUGGUAUGAUGUGGAAUGGCAUGACAGGAGUAGAAGCAAUAAGGCAUAAAGAAGAGAAGAAUGACAAAAAGAUGAUGAUGGUGCAAAAGAAGCACAAACACAUAAAUUGUAGCAGUAAUAUAUAUUGUGAUCCAUUUGGCCCAAAAAUAGAUUUGAGAUGUAAAGAUUCACAAGAAUGUCAAGAAAGAUGUAAUCAAUUUGAUGGAGUUUUUUUAUGUUCUGUUCAACACGGUUACUGCAAAUGUCAAACAGACACUUGAUUACUCAUCUACCGUUGACCUUCUUCCUGCUCCCUUCUCUUUAAAUAUUGUACCUAUUACUUAUAUUUAUAUGUAAUUUCAUACUUAUAAAUUUUUUAUAAUGUACGGAUUUUUAUAUUAUUAAAGUGAUAAUGUGUUUGAGUUAACUGAGGUAUAACUUAUAGUAUUAUAUAUCACAUAUUUUAGUGUGAGGCGU